AUGGGAAAGAAAAUUAUCAAAUAGAAGAAAGUAGUGGUAGAGGAGUCAGAUGAGUCAGAUCAUUCAGAGCAAGAGGACAACUUCGAUGAGAUUGAUCAAUCUGAUAAUGAAUAGGACAGUGAUGAUUAGCAGUAGUAAUAAAAUCAAAAGAAAAACAAGCCUAGAGAACUAAUCCCUGAGAGUCUAUAGAGUAUAUUCAAGAAUAAAUAGCAGAAUACAUACUUGAUAGAUGAAGAAGAGAAUCAGCCAAGUAUAUUCAGCAAGACUAGGCAUCUUGACACUAAAACUGACUCAAGUAACAUACAGGAUGAGGCUUUGAAGAAGGCAGAAGCUCUUUAUAACAAACUCAAUAUAUUCAAUAAUAUUCCUGCCAAUGCUAAACAAAUCGCUCCACUAAACAAUAUACAACUUUAGAAAAAGGAAAGACAGAAGAAGAAGGAGGAGUCAGCAGGCAAGGCUUGGGGCUACAUGCCUAAACAAGAGCUGACUGAGGAGGUCAAAGCUGACCUAAAAGCCAUUUAACUUAGAAACUUCAUUUACCCCAAUAGAUUCUACAAGUCAACAGAUCUAAAAAAACUCCCUAAGUAUUUCCAGAUAGGUACAGUUGUGGCUGAUAAGAAUGAACCUUAGAAUAUGAUGCUAACCAAGAAGCAGCAAAAGGGUUCAAUUGCUGAGCAGUUCCUUAAAGAGGACAGCGAGAAGAUGUUCAGUAAAAAGAAAUACGAGAAGGUCAACGACAGACUUAGAAGAAUGGGAGAAAAGAAGAGAAAACUUAAGAUUAAUAAACAGAGACAGAAGUUUGCUAAUAAAGCUAAAGGCAAGGAAUCCUCCAAGCCUGGUAAAAAGUGA